AUGGCGAGACUCAUCAGCGCUCGGGGCCCAUUGUGCGUCUGCCACGCUUGCUCUUUAGCUCGCGAACACCACAAUGGGCUGGCUUGCGAUCGUGGGCGGACGCGCGGCGCCGUCGAGGCUGGUUGCUAUCUUCUUCGAAGUAGUCUAGCGGAGGCGUUGUGUGGACGCUCGCUGCCACGGUCGUGCGGUGUCGUCCUUGCUUUCGGGCGGACGGCGGCACCGCGCAAUUCGUGGCGUCGACGGGGUGCGGCAUACUCGUCGCGUCCUGUCGACAUCGGCGACGGUCUGGAGGACGCCUUCGCGCCUUCUGCGACGCGUUCAGCGCUUUCGCAUGUCGCACUCUCCGGACACACGCCCAACCGGCUACCUGGAUAA